AUGGCCGGGAGUCAAAGACCUGUAUCCACUGCUUCCGGAAUAACAGAAGUGCACCAAGGCGAGUGCCUCCUCUUUGCGGAUUUCGACACACAAGCACCACCAGGUGUGUGGCCCUGUUCACCCCCUGUCCGCUCCGCGUCAAGGAGCUUCAAGAGUGUGAAGAAUGCUCGGGAGGCCGCGGCCGCACCUAUGGUUGAAGUCGAUGUUACACCUCCCGCUGUCGUUGCUACUGCCACUCCUCCUGCGGCCAGCACUCCGCCUGCAGCCCUAGUAACGCCUCCCAUGCCGGCAACUCCUGCUGGCACUGUGGCUCCAUCGUCUUCGUCUAUGCCUGGUUCUUCCGCGCUUCGGCGCUUCUUUUCUCGUUUCUUUUAG